AUGGCGUUGUCCAGCAGUGCGAGCGAAUCCACCCAUUCUUCAGAUGAGGACGAUAUUUAUCCAAAUGGCUUUCCUCUUGGCGUCGAUACGUAUGAGCCUCAUGAUAUUGGUAUCGACGAGGCCGAUGACUCGCUACCAGCAGACACAGAGACAGCGCGUGAAAGAGACUUUAUCAACACAAGAAGGCUCGAGUCCCUUUACCCAUAUGACUUUUUAGACCCCAAUGGAAUAUGGCCAGCUCCUCAGACCGUGGAAAUGCCAAUAGGACGGCUUCGAAAAGAGGCUGUGAGGGCGAUGGCGGCGUCAGGCACCCCCGGUCAAUGGGAGCAUGUCGAGUUCGUUCCGCCCUGGACCGAUCCUGACUGGUCAGACCGCUUUAUUUUCACGGGGCAGCCUGGAAGAGACCCUGUAAAUGACCUUCAGUAUCAGCUUUAUGCGAAAUCAGGGCUGCUACAGACCCUGCGCCCAGCCCUGCGACCUGAAGACGCGGUGAGGAUGCCGUCGGAUGCCGCAAAGAGAUACGGAGUGGAGCCCACCCAGGUGACUGAUCCGCUUUAUGGUAACUCGGGUCUCACCCCGAUGCAAGCAUAUUUCGAGGUUCCUCUUGCAAACCCCCGAGUGACGCCGAGCAACCAAGGAGUAAGGGGAAUGAUUGGCAAGGAGGACUAUGAUGUAUUAUUUGCCCAGUACCAGGACGCCAUGCGUACCCAGGGCGCAAAUCCUACCGAAGACGGGUUCCGACAAGUGCUUUCCAAUGCAUCCUCCGGUCUGAAUACUAUCUUGGGCGCAGCCUGUGACGUUGACAUCGCCAAUGGACUUUUGGCGAUCAUAGACAGGAUGGAUAGAUGGCAGGCACGAGAGGAGUACCAGCGACUUGUAUUUGGCGGACAAACAUCUGACGAACUCGUGCAGUCAGGUGUAUGGACCCUGGGUAGAGAUGCGCACACUGAUCUAGCCACUCCAUUGCACGAAGGCGAUGCUAGUCCCGGCGGAGGUGUUGAGGAGACAAGAACGGUGUACAGCUUUCCCACACAAGAGGGCGAAUACUGCGCAGCAAAUGACUACCUUUGGCUCGCCAUCCAACCUGCUCUUCAGUUGGCUUCUAAUAUCCUCAACAGCGAACAUCCAGCAACAUACGCCUGGGCAGAUAUUUACAGAAUGCGCCCAUGCAGCGAUUCUCGUCGAGCUCCCAACAUGGUUCAAAACAUGCUCGCCACGCAUUUCACCCAUGGAGUCACCCGGAAAGACUACUUCUCCGUGUACCUUGAUGAGGAUCCUGAUGAAUGGUUCCCGGAACAGCAGCGAUUGAAGGAACUCGGAUUCGAGUCUAUCCGCUGGGUUUGCGAAAUCCUGCGCGAGUGUCUCGUGUGGGAGUUUAAUGCGAAGUACACCGAUCUCAGUGGAAUUAGCCAAGCAUGGGACCAUCAGAUGGCCUUCACGGUCAUAGAUGGCCAUAAACCACAGCCGAAUCGACCUUUCCAGAUUCGUAUCAGCAUCAGCGUGGAUUUUAUAUGGCCACUGUUGAUCGAGGAGUAUUCGCCAGCCGAGAAAGCGUGUUGCAGCUUUACUUUGGCGGCGACCAUAGUGCAUGAGCUGACUCACGCCAUAGUCAAUGCAAGAAAUCAACUUUUUGACGAAAACGCAAUAUGGUUGAGAUUUAAUAGGGAUUGGGCCCGUGAAAUCGGUGGUGAAGCGAUCAGGCUUUUAAGGGUGUUUGGAUAUAGACAGGUGUGGGAUGACUCACCGUAUUCGGACGCGGCCAUGGUAAUUCGUCAAGAGCAAGGGCAUGAUCACCUCGAAGGGGAGGAUGCUUCUGAGGAAGGCUGGGCAACAGAGAACCAGUACUUCGGUGGUAUUUCGACAGGCAUAGCCGCUGGUAGCGCUACCCCAGAGACGCGGUUCAUCGGCGACCUUAUGCUCAUGGGAUGCUUUAACAUGUGGCCAACUCUGAAUCAAAGCAUUUAUCAGGCCGUACCCUUCCACAUGAUUGAGAGGUUCUUCUCGCAGAAUUUCUGGGACCAAGAGCUUCAGAAGUGGGGACCUGAGGCGAUGAAGAUCUGGCCCUUAACCGCACCGAAGUCGAUCAACAUUUGGACAGUUUUCGCCUGGAGACAGGUUCAGCUACAAUUUGGCCGCCCAGCGAAGCGGUGGUUAGUUGAGGCGAAAGCCCGGGUCGCACAUGAUGACGAACAUGCGGUGCUCUGGGACUGGCUGUUUCAAUUGACCAAAGCCGCAGUCGAGCCCAAAAUGUGCAUGAUUCGAUGGCAUAAGCAGCAGGAAGAUUGGAAGUCGACGGACAAGUGGCUGUGGACCCUGAGAAACAGGUGCGCAGACAGGGCGGACGCAGCAGUCAGGUACUUGCAACAGCUGUAUGACGAACUUCACUCUUCGCAGCCCAUGCCAGACCCUCCACCACCUAUUGAAUACAGAUAUUUCAGGGAGGCCUUCGCCGCCUUGUCAAGCAUGCACAGAGCUCUGAGCCAAGAGGCAACACUCUACCAGACCAUCACCGUUGAUUAUCAUAGACAACAGAAUCCUCAAACAAAGAACGACAUCCAGAACUUCUACGGCGAAAAGUUGAGGAGACGGUUAGAUGGGAUUCACAGCCGAAUUGCUAAUAACUGCAUCCACUUCUUGAAUCUCUUUGAAUCCGUCGAUGCGAUGGUUCUGCAGAGAAUAAGCCAAAGCCGGCAAGCAGUAGACUUGCUGGGCACAGAAAGGACAGUUCUGAGGGAAAAGUUUGUUGCAGUGCAGCAGCUGAUCCGUCCCGUAAGACAGUCAUUCGAUGAAAAUCCUCAGCAAUAUAUUUUCAACAUAAGAGACUUCGCGAGUGUCGUGCCUAUAAGCGCAGUAGACACUGCGAGACGGAUCGAGAGAAUGGCGAGGAGGCAGCUCAACACCUUGAGGGGGCCCCUAUUGAAGGUGGCUCAAGGGUGGCUGGACAUCAUCCGCCAAGGCGACAGACUCAGGAAUGCGGCGGAAGGCUCACCAGAAGCUGCGAUCAACGCGAACUUGACCAGGACAGCGGAUUUCAUUGAUAACAUGACCCAGAUUCAGCAACAAUCGGUAUCGGCGCAACACCCUGCUUCAGCAGCUAAUACGACAAGAAUGUUGAAUACCCCGUUGUUGCAGCAGAACCAAAGUCUGCCUGAUGCGUCCAUGCGGAUUCAGCGGUUCAAUACGGCCCCACAGGGACAGAUUAAUACCUGGCAAACGUUGUACGCCGAAGCGUCAGGCUACGUGCCGUACCGAGAUCCCUUGACGGGGCUUACCCGGUUCCACAGGACAAACAUUCCCGACGAGUCUGGGCCAACACUGAACCCCAUGUUGGCUGCGCAGGGCCAAGCCCAAGGCCACAAUCUCAUAGGGGCCCUGGCGCCGGGUGCCGGAAAUAUUCCAAUCGCUGGUGGCCAGGUUCAACCGCAAACACAAGAUGCUUUCAGUGGGUUCAUGAACGUAAUCAACCAAAGGGCACAAGGGUCUCUUGUUGUCCCAAAUGUUCCACCUGCGAUUGCCGGCCAGCCCAUGUCUCUCGAUCCGAGCCUACCAGCUCUAAACACCGCUGGUGUCAAUGUUCCCAAUGCCAACGGUCCGGUAACGGUUCGCCAAGCUAGUGCCGUCGUUGCUCUGAGAGAUCUCAUCGAUGAGAGAGGAAGGCAGUUGCAAGCCAACCCCGCAUUAGCAGGACAAGUUGUCCCAUCGAUCUAUAACCAAGCUUUGCAGACCGUUGCAGGGCCGAACGGGGAGGCCCUUACGAACAACAAUGUACCAGGUGCCAAUAAUCUCUUUGGCAGGAGAGCCUCGCAACAUAGCAUGGCUUUCCAGCAACUAGAGGCCGUGAUCAGGCAACAAGCGCUGGGACCAGACCCGAGUGCCACCCUGAGAGCAAUACCUGCACAAGGAGGCGGCCAACAGGCUCCCGGAGGCGUCGUUCCCCAGCCCAACCUGCUUUAUGACCCUGUCGGAGGCAAUGCCUUCCAGGCAUUUCCACAAGGGGGGGAGGGUCCUGGCCACAAGGACCGCAACAACCUCCACCACCAUAAAUACCAAACGACUCGGGUCCACUCGUAA